AUGGCCUCUCUCGGAACCACGGAGCAGCCUGCACCGGCGUCGCCCGCCUACUCGCUCGACGGCGAGAAGGCCGGCGCGAGCUCGGGCGCCGGCAGCGAUGCCGAGGACACGCGCACCUUCCGCCAGCCCAACGGCGAGACGCUCACCUACACGGCCGCCGAGGAGCGCGCCCUGCUGCGCAAGGUCGACUGGCUGCUGCUGCCCAUCCUCACGGCGCUGUACCUGCUCUCCUUCCUCGACCGCAGCAACAUCGGCAACGCCAAGGUCGAGGGCAUCGAGCGCGACAUCCGCAUCACCAACUACCCGCUCGUCGUGACGAUGUUCUUCAUUGGCUACGUGAUCUUCGAGAUUCCCGCCAACCUCGUGCUCAAGGUCGUCUCUGCCCGCUCUCCCGCAUGGUGGCUGGCAUUCCUCACCAUCGCGUGGGGCGCCAUCAGCAUCGCCAUGGGCUUCUCGCAGAACCAGCCGCAGAUCCUCGCCAUCCGCUUCCUGCUCGGCAUGUUCGAGAGCGGCCUGUUCCCCGGCUGCGUGUACAUCUUCUCGCGCUGGUACACGCGCCAGGAGCGCGUGGCGCGUGUGUCCUUCUUCUUCUCCGCCGCCGCCGCCGCCGGCUCGCUUGGCGGCAUCCUUGCGUACGCCAUCACUCGCAUGGACGGCAUCGGCGGGCAGGAGGGCUGGCGGUGGCUGUUCCAGCUCGAGGGCGCGCUGACCGUCGUGUUCGGCGUGAUUGCCAUCUGGGCGAUCCCCGCGUGGCCGGCGUACACCAGGGGCCUCACCGAGCGCGAGAAGAGCAUCGUCUUUGCGCGCCUGUCGAUCGACAGCGACGCCACCGAGGACCAGAAGUUCGAGUGGUCGGCCGUGACGGAUGCGCUCAAGGACGUGCACGUGUGGCUCUACGCGUUCCUCUUCCACGGCGCGGCCUUUUCGCUCUACACGCUCUCGAUCUUCCUGCCGGCCAUCAUCCAGGGCCUGGGCUACCGCAGCUACCAAGUGCAGCUGCUCACCAUUCCGCCGUACUUCUUCGCGUUCCUCUGCACGAUGGCCUGCACCUGGGCCUCGCGCCGCGUCGGCCUGCGUGCGCCGUUCAUCAUCGGCGCGCUGUCACUCACGAUCCUCGGCUACAUCGUGCUCAUCACCAGCCCGACGGUCGGCGGCAAGUACACGGCCGUGUUUCUCGCGGCCGCCGGCAUCUACGCCGCCAACGCGCUGCUGCUGGCGUGGCCGAGCGAGAACAUCAUGGGCCAGACGAAGCGUGCCGUCGGCCUGGCGGCAAUGAUCACGAUCGGCAACAUCGGCUCCAUCAUCGGCACGAACCUCUACCGCGUGCCGCUGGGCACCAUUCCGAACCACGCCUACCGCUACUCGCAGGUGUUCACCAUCGGCUGGCUGCUGUUUGCCAUCGGCUGCGCGUCGACGCUGUGGGUGCUGCUCAGCCGUGCCAAUCGGCGCCUCGACCGCGAGGAGGCGGCGCGGCGCGAGAGCGGCGAGGCCGACAAGGCCGGCGCCGAGGCGUGGCGCUUGGGCUGGCGCUACCAGUGCUGA